AUGCCGAAAGACGUCGACAUCAACCGACCGAAACACUCCGUUGGCAAGAGCCGUCGAAAGCCGCCUAAGCAACGGGACAAAGAGGCGGAUUCCUCUGAUGACGACGGCCCCUGGGGAUGGAAGGACGUUAGGAAGGCUCAAACCAAAGGCCACAAGGAUGCGUCCAACGCCGCCGACUAUGUCCGCGAUAUCAGUGCUUCUGUGAAGUCACUCCUCUCCGACCUCCAGCAGCACAUUCACAGCUGCAAUUGCGACUGUGAAUGUUCUUCGGACCUCCUUAGAAUCCUCCAGACUCACCAGAAGUCACUCGAGGGGAAUGUUGAAAAGGCACAGGCGUCUUUGGUUGAAGUCCUCACAGAGUUUGAGAUGGCGACCUUCCUGUUGAACAUAGUGAAGUCUAACCGAUGA